AUGGUUUCUAAGACCAUCAAGAUCGUCAUCGGGGUAAUAGCCAUAGUCACAGUUAUUCUAGCUGUUGCACUUGGGAUUUAUUUUGGUAUUAAAGGCAAUUUAAAGUUAACAAUCAUGAACAGAUGCGAAACGUAUUUGAAAGAGAACAGCCUAACAAGUCAAAAGAACUGUGACCAGAUUUGGGAUUCAUUCACGCAAGCAUUUGUGGGGAAGGAUCCAUGUGAUGUCCCUCCAGAAGCUUAUGACUCCCUAAUACACACAGUGUCUGAAAAGCCAGUCUGUAACAAGACGAUGUUCUGGAGCGAAACUAAAGAAAUAGUCCAUGCUUUCACGAAGAGAAGUUCUUACUUGACUCUCGAGGACUUUCUACUUGGCUACCUCCUGGAUGAUCUCAACUGGUGUGGCAAAAGUGGGAGCCAAGAAAUCUUUACCACAGGAUGCCCAAGCUGGUCAGAUUGUGUGAACAAUCCUGUGCGCUCAUUCUGGAUCCAAGCUUCAGCAGCAUUUGCAGCAUCUGCAUGUGGUGAUGCCUUUGUCAUGCUGGAUGGAUCCAUAGAAAUGCCUUAUGAUCCAGACAGGUAUGCAGUAUGA